UCUCAUCCUUUUACUCUCUUUAUAUGAUACUCGACCACGUUAUUUUGUGAGUGUUAAGUUAUUUGAAGUUUUAUUCUAUUUCUAGUUAAAAUUUCAUUUUCAAAUGGCUCCAGCUGCCGCUAAACAGGCUAAAGCCCCAGGUGGUGACAAAAAGCCUGCGGCUAAAAAACCGCAAGCCCAACAACCUGCCAAGGUAAAACAAGAAGCUCCCAAGCCAAAGGUUGAACCUAAAGCUCAACCAAAAAAAACUGAACCAGUAAUCGAACCUAAGCAACAGGCCAAGAAAGAUACCAAACAAGCAGCAUCCAAGACUGCACCUGCUCAGGACAAGAAACCAUCUAAAGAACAACCCAAAAAAGAAGCUGCCCCUGUUCAAAAGAAGCCUGCUGAUAAUAAGAAAGGACAAGAUAAUAAAAAGCCUGCUGCUGCACAGCAACCAUCUAAGGCUAGUGCUAAAGCUGAACCAGCUAAAGAAAAACCUAAAGCUUCAAAAUCUGAUCCUAAAGGUAAAAAGGCCGAACCAGAAAAGCCAAAAACUAACGUACCCGAAGUAAAACAAGUUAAAAAGAGUCAACAGCAAGCAGCAUCUCAACAAACUAAGGGGAAAAAAGAAGAACCUAUUGGUAAGGCUACAAAACGACCUGCUGAAGAUGUUCCUAAAGCCACUAAAAAGGACAAAAAAGAACCAGCUAAAGUAGAAAAAAAACCAGAACCUACUAAAACUUCAAAAAAAGAAACUGAAGUUGUAAAGAAAGCUCCAAUUGCUGUUAAGAAAACUGCUGAAACAAAACCUGUUGUUGAAAAAAAAUCUGUUACUGCUUCUGCUCCAGCUAAGAAACCAUUGACUGGUGCUGUGACUAUAAAGAAGACAGUAGCUCCUCCAACUUUAAAGAAAGCACCAGGUGCUCCUACAAAAAUUUCUCUUUCAAAGAAAGCUAAUACUGUUCAAAAAAAACCUAAGGCAACAUUAAGAGGUAAAGGAGCUGCUUUGAAGAAGAAGAAGGAAACCAGAAAGAUGACAAUUGAUUGUACUCAUCCAGUAGAAGAUGGCAUUAUGGAUGUCAAUAAUUUUGAAAAAUUCCUCCAAGAACGAAUGAAGUAUAAUGGAAAAACCAAUAACUUUGGUAAUGUAAUUUCUUUGGAGAAGACGAAAACCAAAGUUAUUGUCAAUUCUGAUGUACCAUUCACGAAGAGGUAUUUGAAAUAUUUAACUAAGAAAUACUUAAAGAAGAAUAACUUGAGAGAUUGGUUGAGAGUAGUCCAUAGUGGACCAGACAGCUAUGAGCUCAGAUACUUCCAGAUAAAUAAUGCAGAGGAUGAUGAUGAAGAGGAUAAUGCUGAUUAAAGAUAGAAAUUUGUUUUUAUUUUUAAUUUUUGACCUUCUGUGUAUCAUCUAAUAAAAAACCAAAACAAAAUUA